CGGAAGGCGGGACUUCGGGAGCCGGCACACAAUUACAAGGGCAGUAGAACGGGCUGGUGGUCGCCGGUGCUCUCUCUGUCGUCGCGCGCGCGGAGCACCUCGAGUCGCGCUCGUUCCACGAACAACACCUGCCGCCGCCGAUCGCCGUACAUUCGUGCACGCUUUGUUCGUCCUCUUGCCUGUGACUCCUUCUCGAAAGUGCUAACCCUAUUUGUCAUCGUCGUAAUCGAUCGAUCAGACCAUUUUAGGGAGAAAGAUACCUGGACCGAAAGAAGCUCGGUAUCAUGGAUCGUAAAAGCAAAUUAAUCGAAGAAACGCGCGUCCACGCGAAAGAAUGAGACUCGCCGGUUCCAGAGAAGCGACUGCAAAGAAUCUUCGUUGAUAUCGAUUAAAGGAUAUUGAGGCAAGAUGUUGCUACCUCAAGAUAUGAUGGCAGCCCAGUCGAAGAUGCUGUAUCAGAUGAACAAGUAUUAUGGCGAACGGGUGCAGGCUCGAAUGGGCCAAGUACAAAAGACCAUCCGGGAAGUGUGCAAGGUGGUGCAGGAGGUUUUGAAGGAGGUCGAGGUUCAAGAACCACGGUUUAUCUCCUCCUUGACCGAGUGCAACGGCCGCUACGAGGGCCUCGAGGUUAUCUCACCCGGCGAAUUCGAGGUGGUCCUCUACCUGAACCAGAUGGGAGUAUUCAACUUCGUCGACGACGGCACCCUGCCGGGUUGCGCGGUGUUGAAACUCAGCGACGGUCGGAAGAGGUCCAUGUCGCUCUGGGUGGAGUUCAUCACCGCCUCCGGCUACCUGUCCGCGAGGAAGAUCCGUUCGAGAUUUCAAACACUGGUGGCACAAGCUUGCGAUAAGUGUGCCUACAGGGACUCCGUGAAGAUGAUAGCGGACACCACGGAGGUGAAGCUUCGUAUCAGAGAACGGUACGUGGUGCAGAUCACACCGGCGUUUAAAUGUUCGGGCGUGUGGCCAAGAUCGGCGGCGCACUGGCCGAUUCCUCAUAUACCGUGGCCGCAUCCGAACCUCGUGGCGGAGGUAAAGACGGAAGGAUUCGACCUGCUGUCAAAAGAGAGCGUGGCGCUUCAAGGAAAACAGUCGGCCAUGGAGGGUGACGCCUGGGUUCUCUCUUUUACGGAGGCAGAAACGAGAUUGUUGCAAGGUGGUUGUCGUAGACGAUGCUUAAGCAUCCUGAAAACUUUGAGGGACAGACAUCUGGAUCUUCCGGGAAAUCCAGUGACCAGUUAUCAUAUGAAGACGUUGUUGCUCUACGAAUGCGAGAAACACCCCUUGGAGACCGAGUGGGACGAAGGAUGUUUGGCAGAUCGCAUUAACGGAAUCUUCCUGCAGCUGAUAUCCUGCCUUCAGUGUCGAAGAUGUCCUCAUUAUUUUCUGCCUAAUCUGGAUCUGUUCAAAGGAAAGUCGCCAAGCGGCUUGGAGAACGCGGCUAAACAAGUGUGGAGACUGACGAGAGAAUUACUAACCAACAGUCGUGCAUUGGAGAAACUUUAGCUGAACCGGGAAUUUCCCUUUUGAAAUUCCAAAUUGAGGAAUGUAAUAAAGAGAAAGACAGAGACAAGCGAAAGUUGGAGGAACGUUGGAGGAUUCGGUAACUCGCGUGAAUCACGACUUUCAGGAUGCUGCUUUCGCGACAGUUCUUUGCCUGCUUUUUACCCUCGUAAACGUGGGAAGCCUACUUUCACUCGCUAUCUUCUUGCACACGCUGCAGCGUACCAGGGUAUAGGGAUGGUGUAACAAGUUUCAUUACGGUUAUCCCUUUUCUCUUCCUUUCUUCUCUUUUUCUAUUAUUUAAUAGUUUUUUAACCAAGGUACGAAUAAUGCGAGUCAAACGUUGUUCAGUGCAACGUUUCGUUCCAGUGCAAUAUCGUACAGCCAGUGUCCUAUUUCGUACGAAAGCAAUUGUUGCUAGGUUCUACGUUGAUUUUGUAUAAGUCGAAUAUUUCGUUUCGAAAUGGGCACGUUAAAUUUUGUAGACUGAAUCGAAUGUUAAUCGAGGUGUCCACCGAUCAUUAGAAAUACGUACUAGUUUGGAAGAUAUUAGUAUUACUGCGUUUUUUAUACGACUGAAGCUUUCGCUUGGAGCGGAAUCUCCUGCUUAUUAACGCAACUCGAACGAUUUUUCUACGUAGCGUUGCAGUAUGCGAGAGAUUAAAUAGAUACUCGGUUAGCUGCUCUUAUUCAUCUAAUGGCUAAUGUGAAUUGUCGUGUGAUCCGUUAUCGUUAAAUUAAUCUAAUGUUUAUGAUCGGUUAGCAAUCGAGCUGCCGACGGUAGCUUGGCCACCAUAUUGUUGUAUGUACAUAAUUCUUUAUAUUAUUUAAACGAUAUUUAUUUCUCAAGAGAAUCGCUGUUCGAACACAUAAUGUAAAUAUAAACUAAUAAAUGCAUUUCGUCUCAUAAUAA